AGAGAUGACGAGCAGCGGGACCGACGCGGCUCAUCUAGCUGCAUCCAAUGUGUAUCUGCGUGCGAAUGAAAAUCGGGCGUCCACAGUGGCAAAACACACGUCGCUUCAGACGAGCAGGAUGAGCCAGGAAAGCUCUCUGGUUUGCGGCCACAUAUGAGUGAGCAGGCAAGUGUGUCUUGUCGUGAAACUGCGAGAGUAAACGUGGGCCGUAUGUUUGCUUGCAUGGAGAGCUCAAGCUGCCCGGCUCAGCAUCCAUCUGACUGGCAGCGAAUAGCGCCAGCCAGAGCAUGGCCCAGCGCGCCAGCGGUUGGUCGAAUCCCCUGUGGCUCCCCUGUGGCAGCAGGUGCUAGCACUGUCGUCGACGCCUCCCCGGCGCGCUAGCGGUUCUGCAGCGUAUCAAGCGUCACCCACAGCGUAGCACCAGCCCGCUAACCCGCUAGCCCUACAGAG